AUGACAUUAAGUUUGAAGAUGGCUGCCUGCAUGGAGGAUAAGACGGAGGAAGAGGACAGUAUCCUGGAGGCCCUGUGCUUCCCAGAGCGUCCCGCUGCCAGCACCUUCAGCUCAUCCUCUCGGGGCAGGGAGGUGGUCACCUGCAUUCUCUGUGCGGACUCCUGCCCCCUGUCUGAGAAGGACCGCCUCCUUAAGCACCUGGUUGUGGAGCAUAAACUGGUCAUCGCUGAUGUCAAACUAAUCGCAGACUUCCCUAAGUACAUGCUGUACUGGAGGAAGAGAUUCACAGAACAGCCCAUCACACAUUUCUGCAGCGUGAUUAAGACAAACUCAGAAGGCCCUGUUGACAAACAAGAGGACUUCUUCCUCCUGUGUGAUGUUCUGCCCGAGGACCGGAUACUCAGGGAGCAGCUCCAGCAGAACAGACUGGAAGAGAUCUUGGAGCAGCAGCAGAGAGAAAGAGACGACAGCAGCUUCCGACGAGACUGCAUGUUUUGCAAUGAGGAGUUCAUAGGGAACAGGUCCUCGCUGCUCAACCACAUGGCCCGGGAACACGCUUUCAGUGUGGGUCUACCCGACAACAUAGUGUACUGCCAAGAGUUUCUAGACACGCUCCAGGGCAAACUGGACAAUUUGCAGUGUCUCUACUGUGAAAAGACCUUCCGAGACAAGAUCACGCUGAAAGACCACAUGAGGAAGAAACAGCAUCGCAGGAUUAACGCUAACAACCACGAAUACGACCAAUUCUACAUCAUCAACUACUUGGAACUGGGGAAGACUUGGGAGGAGGUCCAGUCCGAGGAUGACCAUGAGAUGCUGGAAGAUCAAGAUGAUGAUUGGUCAGAUUGGCAGGCUCACCCGGUGUGCGCUGUAUGUCUGUUCUGCGAGCACCAAUCAGAGACCAUGAACAAGAUCUACGACCACAUGGGGGAAGCCCAUGGAUUUGACCUCCACAAGUUGAAGUCAGAACUCAACCUGAGGUUCUACCAGCAGGUUAAACUGGUCAACUACAUACGCAGGGAGAUUCACCAGUGCCGUUGCUAUGGCUGCCAGGAGAAGUUUUCCUCCAGGCCUGAGGUCCUUCGUCACGUGGUGGACGCAGGCCAUGCCAUGAUGCUUCCAGAGAUGUCCACAUGGGACCAACCUCAGUACUACUUCCCCACGUAUGAGAAUGAUGCCCUCCUGUGUGCCCUGUCUGACAGUGACAGCGAGGGUCACGGUGGAGAUGUCCCUGUCAUCGCAGAGGACAUCUCCAACCUCAGGGCCUUGAAGCAGACCAGCGUCCUCAACCAGCUGCUGAAGAACAGAGGAGCCAACAUCUAGCUGGAUGAAUGCGUGACCCAAACAGGGACGGGGUGUAUUUUUCUAAUGCAGUAAAAUAAUGUAUAUUUCAUUUUGAUAACUGCUCGGUACAUCAAACACACCAUGUGUUCUGUUGUAAAUAAAAUAUUUAACACAA